ACGUUGUACCGUUUUGUAAUGUGUAAGGUCACAUAUAUAUGAACAGUCUGUUUCCAUGAGCUAACCCAGGUUUUCUAACGUUAUAGAUAAUAGGAGGGUUUGCUCGAUUUCCUCAUCGUCACAGUCAAACAGUUACCCUGAAAACCUCCAGUCACCUCUCAGCCAAUCAGAGCUCACCUUGCUCCCCUCCAGCUCGGCUGCAACAAGACAGAACAGUGACAAGUCUUUUGUCCUCCACAUCGCCAUCAGUGUGUGUCUCUGACACUAAAGAACUAAAGAAAGUUUUUCUCCUUCCGCUCAGACUGGACUGGUGGACAUUAGAGGAGCUGUGUCUCUCGUUUGUCUCUCGAUGUUGCGUCACAGUAAGCUGCAAAAGCAGGUCCUAGCUCUGUACCGCCAGUUCCUCCGGGCCGGGCGGGACAAGCCAGGCUUCAUCCCCCGGAUCCGAGACGAGUUCAGGGACAAUGCCCGCAUCAAGAGAACAGAUGUGAUGCACAUCGAGUAUCUGUACCGACGAGGACAGCGACAGCUGGAGCAGCUGAGGGACGUUAACACCAAACAGCUGGGAUCCUUCUCCAAAGAUCCAAGUGCUGACCUAUGACCUCUGACCUUCAAAUAGGUGCUUAGUGUAAUGAAUGUAAAAUACUUGUUUGUCAAAUAUUCAGUUUUGAAUGUAUUGUUCAAAAUGAUCAAUGAAUAAAUAAAUGUCUUCAUGUAUUCACCUUAGAUGUAA